AACUUUGAGAGUUAAAAUUUUUUAUUUUUGUCGUUUGUGAUGGUUAAUUAUUUUGAAAAAUCAGAAUUUCGAUAGUCGAUAACAAUUGAAUUUGACUUAUCGACUGCAGAUAAUUACUAGUAUCCAGUUUUGUGUUUAUCGAUCGAACUUUUAGUUAAAAAAAAAUUGAUAAAAUAUCAAUAGAUUAUAAUCACUUUUUGAUCAAUUUUUGAACUAUCAAAUUGAAACCACACAAUGAAAAGAGCACGUAAAUACAUUGGUGAUAUAAAAUUUUAAAUAUUCACGUUAGAUGUCUACCUGCCGGCGAUGUAUUUGCAUGCAUGCACGAGAGAAGCAUUUCGCAGUUGAGUGUAAUUUGCGGCUUUUGUAGAUUUUGUGUCUACCAUUUUUAUACUUUCCCCUUGAAUCUUUCUUUAAACAUUCGAGAGAUGUGUUUGCUCAGUAAAACUGUUUAUACAGCAACGAUAAAUUGAGCAAGUUAACCUAAUGGAAACCUAACCUCAAAACACGUAAAGCAACCUCCGACUCCUCCGAGAAAACACCAUUAGCCGUUGCGAUGGCAGACGUACGCGAUAUUCUGGACAUCGAGGUGCCGACGACUGGCACGGAACUUACGAAGGAGUCGAUACUCGGCAGUGACAAGAAAAGCCGCAAACGGUAUGAUUACAACAAGAUGCCGAAACGUCCUGAGGGCAUGCACCGCGAGGUGUUUGCCCUCCUCUGCAAGGACAACAACGACGUGCCGCCGUUGUUCCCGACCGACACCGCGAAGGGGUACAAGCAAGUGCGUGCCAAGCUUGGCAUGAAGAAGGUCAGGCCGUGGAAGUGGACGCCGUUUACCAAUCCGGCUCGCACGGACGGCGCGGUUUUUCAUCACUGGCGGCGUGUCGCCGACGCUGGAAAGGAAUAUCCCUUCGCCAAGUUCAACAAGAAAGUUCCUAUUCCUACGUACACGAAUGCCGAAUAUGUACAACACUUGGUGACUAACGGCUGGACGAAAGCAGAGACCGAUCAUCUGUUUGAUCUGUGUAGAAGAUUUGAUCUUAGAUUCAUUAUCAUCAAAGACAGAUGGGACUGUGCCAACUUUUCCACCAGAUCUGUUGAAGACUUGAAAGAGAGGUACUAUCAGGUCUGUGCUGCAUUGACAAAAGCAAAGUCCCACACAGAUAAGGUUUACAUCUUUGAUGCUGAACACGAGAAACGCAGAAAGGAACAGCUGAAGAAGCUGUUUGAACGUACUCCCGAACAGGUAGAGGAGGAGCAGACUCUACUGACUGAAUUGCGCAAGAUUGAGCAAAGGAAGAAAGAGAGAGAUAGAAAGACACAGGAUUUGCAGAAGUUAAUUACAGCGGCCGAUCAUCAGGCAGAUCCCAGAAAGAGCGAGAGGAAAUCUUCCAAAAAGAGUAGUAGCUCUUCUAGGAACAGACCAAAUAAAACCGAUACUUCUCACGCUGUGGAGUCAGCUGGUAUUAAAUUUCCUGAUUUUAAGAAUAGUGGUGUUACUCUUCGUUCUCAGAGAAUCAAAUUACCCAGUAGUCUUGGUCAAAAGAAAAUGAAGGGGAUUGAGCAAAUGCUGAAUGAGUUACGGCUAGAAUUAAAUCCACCGCCGACGGAACAAAUAUGUCAGCAGUUUAAUGAACUGCGUAGCGAUAUAGUUUUGCACUACGAAUUGAGAAGUGCGUUAUCGACAUGCGAUUACGAGUUGCAAUCUUUAAGACACCAGUACGAAGCGCUGGCACCGGGGAAGACUUUAACGAUACCACCGGCGCUUCUACCAAAAACAGAACCAGAAGUCAAAGCGGAAAUCAUUGACGUGGUAGGAUCGCCCACCACGCCUAGUAUUACUCAUUAAUUCAGAAUAAUCUCUCUGUGAGAUAAGAAUUAGUCAAGUAAGCUCUGUACAUAUUGUUCUUUUAAAUUAUCAGCGUGCCAAUCUUUAUACCUCGAAAGUUAUUGAGCAUGCAUUACAAUGUAUUAUAUUAUGAACCCCUUUUUAUUUUUAUUAAGAAAAAAAAUAAAUCAUUUAAGAAAACAAACAAUAUCGUACGGUAGCUCUCACCUUACAAGUGGGGUAUAAUGAAAUAACAAGAAGACGUAGCGAUGGUAAUUACUUAUAUAUCUGUGUAUUUUAUAUUGUCGACAAAAAGUAACAAUGUACGGUCAAACCGUAUAAUUUAUCUACAACAAUCUACAAUAGAUUACAAUAUGUUUUGUUUUGUUCUUGAGGGUAUAGGAAAGGAGGGUGUGUGCUCGGGAAGAAAGAGGGAGGAAAUGUAAAAUCGGGGUCAGGACUUGGACGGGAGGGGCGGGGGGAGGGGAGAUCGGCAAGUGUGAAGGGUGUCAGAGAUGGUCAUCGAUGCAGGCCUUUCUUCGUUCGUGCUCCGUUACUCGCGUUACAGUUGACUUUUUUUCGUUCUAUUUUUUUCCUCUUUUAAUCCUAUGAUAAAUUAUUCGAGAUAGCUCUAGAGCCGUACUUGGUACGGAAUAAUGCGUUACAUCUGCGAUAAUAAUCGACAAAUCAGCGGUCGUGUGUCCCGCCUAUAUUUUAGUGCCGCUACGUUUCGCUAGGACUCUGCCGAUCGAAAAAAAAAAAAA